AUGUCGAAAAUAGAGUCUUCCGAGAGAGUGGAGCCCGAAUUUUGUUUCGUGAGAGGAUGCAUUUCGUCUUCCUGGCCGUCAUGGAUCGAUCUUGCAGUAUGGAAAGACUCUGCACCAGUUCUAAUGCUCGUGGCUGCAGAUGGCGAGUAUUUAUGCAUAGCUGGCGAUUGUUUGAGGGCUCUUGGAGCCCUUUCCUCGUGGACAGAAGAUUCACUGUCUGCCUCUGCCUCGAUCUUGGACCGCAAAUCCUCGAAUUCUUUCAUAAUAUCAUCGAAUUUUCCACUGGCACGGCCGCUGGAUCUGUCAGAUGAGUUGCUCGAGUCCACAGAUGGACGUUGUGGAGGUCUUUCAAAGGUAUCGAGCGGUCUAAAAUUUCCGGAAUUAGGACGUCUUGGCGAUCUUGCUGGGAUUGUGAAAUUAAGUUCCGUGUACUGCUCCAUGUCUGGGGCUCUAACAGCUUUGCUGCUAAGAGGCUUUGAUGGAUGCGAGGCUGGAACAGUGCGUGCCACUUUGAUGCUCUCUUUGUCGCUUUCUUCCAUCACUGGGGAUGUAUCUCUUAGAUAA